AUGUCCAAGGAGCUGCGAACACUCACUCGCGAGGAGGUCGCAUUGCAUAACAAGGAAGAUGACCUGUGGAUCAUCGUGGAUGCCAAGGUGUACGAUGUCACCAAGUUCAAGAACCUCCACCCUGGAGGCGCUAGCGUCUUCCUGCCAGAAGAUAUCGCUGGACAGGAUGCUACGGAGGCGUUUUACGGCCUGCACCGCCACGAGGUUCUGCUAAAGCCUCAGUACAAGCGUCUGCAGAUUGGCAUCAUCCAGGGCGAGAAGAGCGUCAUCCACGGGGGCAUCCCCGGAGAACUCAGUCAGGUGCCUUACGCCGAACCGCUCGGCAUCACGGAGGGCUACCACAGUCCCUACUACACCGAGAGCCACCGGCGGUUCCAGCGCGCUGCGCGGAAGUUUGUCGACGAGAUUCUGGCCCCCGAUGCACUGGCCAGAGAAGAAGACGGCAAGAGGCCCAGCCUCAGCGUCAUUCAGCAGAUGGCCGACAAUGGCAUCCUUGCGAUGACAAUGGGUCCCGGCAAGCAUCUGAAGGGCCGCUCUCUGCUGGGCGGUGUGAUCAAGCCUGAGGAGUUCGACCGAUUCCACGAGCUCGUUCUAGCGCAGGAGCUUUGCCGCCCCAACUGCCGCGGAUACCGGGACGGACAGAACUCGGGCGCGACCAUUGGGCUGCCCCCCAUCAUUCACUUUGGGCGUCCCGAGAUUCGGGAGCGCAUCGUGGAGGAGGUUCUGUCUGGAAAGAAGUUCCUGUCCCUUGCCAUCUCCGAGGCGUUUGCGGGCUCCGACGUGGCUGGUCUGCGGACGACCGCUACGAAGACGCCUGACGGCAAGCAUUGGAUCAUCAACGGCACGAAGAAGUGGAUUACGAACGGCACGUUCUCGGACUACUUCACUGUUGGGUGCAAGACCGACAAGGGUCUCACAGUCAUUCUCGUUGAGCGUGGUGAGGGCGUUGAGACGAAGGCGAUCAAGACCUCGUACUCGAGCGCCGCUGGAACUGCCUACAUCACCUUUGAGAACGUCAAGGUUCCCAUCGAGAACACGCUUGGCCCCGAGGGCAACGGCGUCUUCGUCAUUCUCAGCAACUUCAACCACGAGCGAUGGGCGAUGUGCUGCGGUGGCGCGCGCAACAUGCGCUUUAUCGUCGAGGAGUGCUUGAAGUGGGUGAACCAGCGCAAGGCGUUCGGCAAGCCCCUGCAUUCGCAAGCGGUAAUCCGUGCGAAGCUCGCGGACAUGAUCUCGAAGACGGAGGCCGCGCAACACUGGCUCGAGAACAUCACGUACCAGAUGCAACAUAUGGACUACAAGCAGCAGGCACAGCUGCUCGCAGGACCGAUAGGUCUGCUAAAGAUGUACAUCACGCGGUCCGCGCAGGAUAUUGCGCGGGACGCCGUGCAGAUAUUCGGCGGGCGUGGUAUCACGAAGACGGGGAUGGGCAAGCACAUCGAGCACUAUCACCGGACUGUGCCGUUCGAUGCCAUCCUCGGCGGAGCGGAGGAUGUCCUGGGCGACCUGGGCGUGAGGCAGGCGAUCAAGGCCAUGCCGAAGAACGCGAAGCUAUAGCACUUCGGUCUGCUCCGCUCUUCUUUUUAUCAACUAUCGUACGGCCAUGUAUUAUCUUGUGGUUUCGCGAAUUGCAUACUAUAAUUAUACCCUUC